GGAUGACUCCCAGGCACUCACUGAGUUUUUAGAUAAUUUGCUAAUUUACAAGAAUGGAAUGAUUUCGAUGAAUCGAAUGAGUGACCUCAACUCGAGUUUUAUACUAGAAGUAAUAGCAAGACGUCUACCUACUCGACUGCAAAGGAAGUGGGUGAAGAUAAGCUCCCGUAUGGAGGAUGAGGGUAUCGAGCCAAAGUUUGAUGAUAUCCUGAAACUGGUAAAUACUAGUGUCAAUCAAUCUAUGAGCAAGUUCGCCAGUCUAUUACAUCUCACCCCUAGAAUAGAGCAGUCUGAGAGCGAAAUGCAAUCAUUGAUGACGAGUAGGCCUCAGAGAGGUGGUUAUCGAGAAAGCUCCAUGAUGUCUAGUAAUGCAUAUAGACCUAGUGAGUGUAACAGGUUUCGUAGUACAUCCUCAACAGAUAAGUUACAAGAUGCAAGACAAACACGGUUUUGUUUUACACGUGUGCAAGAGGUGCAUACAGAAGUGAACUGUGAACCGGUGAGCAAGUUCAGUGAUAAGCUAAAUGUAAACUCCAGACCUGACUCCGAAUUGUGUGACGAUAACGGUGCGGUGAAGAAGUCUGUAGUUGCAACUGGUAAGCCGUUGUUGAAUAAAGUGUCACAGAAUAGAGUUGCUGCUUCAGAGUGCAGUUCUGACCCUACAAGUUUACAAGGUAUUACUAGUCAGAGUGAAGUUAUAAAACCUUUUAUGAUUUGCGAGGAGGAACCAAAAUUGUCUACUUCUGUUAUUAAAGAGUUUGAAAAUGAUGAAGUUGACGGUAAAUUGAAUAUUUGUGGUAAUGAUCAUGAUACUUCACAGUUGUCUUUGGUUGAUCAUUAUGAGAUGAGGGAUAUGCCUACUACUGCUAAGUUAAAUAAAGGUUCUGUACAACUACAACGUGAAGUAGAAUUGAACGCAGAUGCAGUUCCAAAAGGUGUGCAUACUUGUGAGACAGUCAGUGUAAUUGAUCAGCGUGUAGCCCACCUAUCAUCAGAUGAUAGUGCUAAACC